GCCCCAACAAGGAUGGGGAUAUAUCCAAAGUCUGAGAAGACUGCAAAACCAAACACCAAUAGUUGGAUGUACCAAUCGCCAAGCUCAAGUCACUUCGCUCUGCAUUGUGUCCACUUACCAUUGCAUUCAUUCAUCAUAAUCCCAUCAAUUAUAAAUUCUCCCCAAAACUCUAUCUCUCGCUCUCUAUAACAAGCUACUCCACUUUUUACCCUUCAAACUUUUCUUCCUCUCCUGAAAACUCCUCUUUUUCUUCUUCCUCUCACUACCAUUUGGCUCCAACCUCCUUUUUUUCUACUCCAGUCUUCAAUGCUGUCAGAUAUUUCUUACCCCUAACAAUUCUCAUACACCAAGUAUUAAUAUUCAUACUCAAAGGGUGCAGUUGCUAUAUACAACAAGCUCAUCAAAAUGGUUUUAAAAAACUUAUACUCCUUCUUCAUUCUUCGUUGGAGCUCAUGUUUGGAAAUCAACACUCGGGACGAAGAUUUGUCAUGACUGUAUGCUCUGACACUCUUCAUAUCAUUGCUGUAAAAUACACUUGUUUUCUAGGUUCAAUGGCGGGGUCAUGUUUCCACGGACUUAGGCUAAGGAUGUCUAAGAGUAAACCUUUACCAGAGCCUUCAUCUUCCUCCAAGUUACGGUUGGAGAGUGACACGGAGAACAUGGAAAGGAAGAGAUUUAAUAGCACGGAAUCGUGGUCCAUGAUAUUGGACUCGAUGGAUACAUGGGAGGCUUCAAAGGAGGACGAGCAAGAGGAAUGGACUGCAGACCUAUCACAGCUUUUUAUUGGUAACAGGUUUGCUUCUGGAGCUCACAGUCGAAUUUACCGUGGAGUCUACAAGCAGAGAGCUGUUGCUGUGAAAAUGGUGAAGAUGCCAUUCCAGGAUGAGGAGAAAAAGGAAUUAUUAGAGGAGCAAUUUAACUCUGAAGUGGCUUUGCUUUCACGUCUCUUCCAUUUUAACAUUGUGCAGUUCAUUGCAGCAUGUAAAAAACCGCCGGUGUACUGUAUCAUAACAGAAUACAUGUCACAAGGGAAUCUAAGGAUGUAUCUGAACAACAAAGAGCCAUACUCACUCUCAAUGGAAAGAAUAGUAAGGUUUGCUCUAGAUAUAUCAAGGGGCAUGGAGUACCUUCAUUCACAAGGUGUGAUUCACAGAGACUUGAAAUCAAGUAAUUUGCUCCUCGACGAUGAUUUGAGGGUUAAGGUGGCGGAUUUUGGCACAUCUUGUCUUGAAACAAGAUGCCGCAAAAGCAAAGGGAACUCGGGAACGUAUCGUUGGAUGGCACCAGAGAUGCUUAAGGAAAAACCUUAUACUCGAAAAGUUGAUGUCUACAGUUUUGGUAUUGUGCUUUGGGAGCUCACUACUUCUCUACUUCCUUUCCAAGGAAUGACCCCAGUGCAAGCUGCUUUUGCUGUGGCUGAGAAGAAUGAAAGGCCUCCUCUGCCAGCAAGUUGUGAACCAGGACUAGCACAUCUGAUAAAGCGUUGCUGGUCAGUAAACCCGUCGAAACGGCCAGAUUUCAGUGACAUUGUGUGUACGUUGGAGAAGUACGAUGAGUGUAUGAAGGAAGGCGUACCAAUGAGCCAUCAUUCAGGGCUACUCAGCAGAAAUGUAAUUGUCGAACGCCUCAAAGGCUGUGUAUCAAUGACCUCCUCCAUACCUGUCUAUGCAUGAUUCUCCCUAAGAACAUAUGCAAUACAUGUUAUACCAAUUCCAUCAAAAAAAUAAUCCAUAUCAAUUUCGUAAAAUAAA